ACCCUGCCCCGGCAGCCCCCAGACCCCUCCCGGAGGAGCCGGUGGGACGGGCUGAGCUCCAGCACCGGCACCUCGCAGGAGGGUUCGGCCCUGCAGGCACUUGGUUCUGUAAAUCUGCUCCGCAUCUGAGGAGGAACCACACGAGCCGUUCUAACUUCCCUCCAGCCGAAAGACCCUGCCUCCUCAAGAGAUGUUUCUGUACCUCACCAACGCUCUCAGAUACGCCUUUUAAUUUUUAAGGAACUACAACCGGAGUUUUUACUUUAAAUUUGACUAAUAAGGUGGAAAGGAAAUCAUCUACACAUUAUACGGACAAGAAGAACAGAAAUGAUCAGUGAUAACUGUAAUUAAAUAUAGAAAGCCAAGGCAGACCAACUCCUGCACCUGUCAGCCUGAGAUGGAGCAGCCACAAGCCACAGCACCACAGACUGCUGACCUACAGGUCUCCCAGGAAGAGAAGAGGCCCUGUGACCCAGAAUGGAAGGUGCUCUAGAUCCUUAACAAAAAGCACCACAGCAGUCGAAUCAAGACAGGAAGAAAGACAUUGUAAGAUGUUCAACUCCAGCACAAGCUCCUCAGGAAACUGCAGUCACAGCACAGUAAUAACCAAGACUGUCAUUCCCCUGGUCUACUGCUUGAUUUUCAUCGUAGGACUCUUGCUGAACGCUGUGGCAGCAUGGAUCUUUCUGUAUGUUCCUAGCCAAAAGAGUUUCAUUGUCUAUCUCAAAAACAUCCUUGUUGCUGACCUCCUCAUGAGCUUGACAUUUCCUUUCAAAAUCCUUGCUGACUCAGAAAUAGCACCUCUUCAGCUCAACACGUUUGUGUGCAGAUAUUCUGCGGUUGUUUUUUAUACAAACAUGUACAUUGGGAUAACAUUCUUUGGCCUCAUAGGUUUUGACAGGUACUACAAAAUUGUAAAGCCUUUAUUCACCUCCUUUGUUCACACGGUUAACUACAGUAAGGUGGUCUCUAUAAUCAUAUGGUUAUUGCUAAUUCUUAUAUCAUUUCCAAAUAUGGUUUUAACUACUGAAAUCCCUAGUGAAAAUUAUUCCACAAAAUGUAUAGGUCUUAAAAGUGAGCUUGGCAGACAGUGGCACAAAGCUUCAAGUUAUAUCUGCACAGGGAUAUUCUGGGUUGUUUUUCUCCUGCUAAUAAUUUUUUACACUUCCAUAUCAAAAAAAAUAUACAAUUCCUAUAAAAAGUUCAGAAGGAACUCGGUUGUGGCGAAGAGGAAAACCAGCCGUAACAUAUUCAGUAUCAUGUUUGUAUUUGUCGUUUGCUUCGUGCCCUAUCACCUCUGCAGAAUACCAUACACCCUGAGCCAAACCAGCUCAAAAUUCAACUGCCAGUCAGAAAAAACUCUGUUCUACAUGAAGGAGUUUACUCUGGUGUUGUCUGCUGCAAACGUGUGCCUCGACCCCAUUAUUUAUUUUUACCUCUGCCAACCCUUCAAGGAAAAGCUGUAUCAAAAGCUACACCUCAAGCUGAAAGCUUCACCUGAAGUCGACAUCUCUAAAUCCAGAAGAUCAAACACACUUGGGGAAAGCAUAAACAUAGUGUAGGUUCAGGUCUGUAAAACAAGGCAGGUUUCAGAAAGUUAUUCAGAUCUCCAAGAAACUGACCAGAGGAGAACCUGCAACCAAACAGCAGAAAGGUUUCAGCAUGAAACACCAGGAGGAGUUUGUCUUUCCAAACACAUUCUUGCAUGUUCCCAAUAUAUCUGCUCUGUACUGCUGAUGCGAGGAGUGCACUGUGGUGUGACGUGACCUAUCUGGAUCUCAAAAAGGGAGAGGAAUAACUGGAACAAAACACUGUGGAGCUCCAGGCCAUGGCUCUCUGGCCAUGAUUAUCCAGCAGACCCAACACCAAGCUGAUUUGCUGCUGUUCCUCACAAAGCCAGGCACAAACCAAGGCCUGGGCACCACGGCUCCCUCCCCCUCAGCUUCAAAAAAAACCCAGACCAAAUCUUCAGGUAUCUGCACAGAGCCUGAAGAAACCUUGGUAAAAUGUGCUGUAUUUUAUAUAUGCACAAAUACAUAUAUAUUUAUAUACAGAUAGAGGAUUUCUUAAGAGAAACCGUGUAAAAUUAAAAAUCCAAUGUGACU